AUGAUGACGACGGCGUCCCCGUCGCUUAUCCGCCGGCUGGCGCCCUACUUAUCCGCUCGAGUCCGCCAAAAUUCCAGGUUUCUCAGCUCAACCUCCGCCGUUCCACAACCUCAGCUAGAUUCAAUUGAAUCUCCAUCUCCGCCGUCCGACGCCGUUCAUAUGACCGACGGUUGUGUCCGACGAAUGAAAGAGUUGCAAGCCGAUGAGGGUGGUACGAAGUUGUUGCGUUUGAGUAUUGAAGCUGGAGGUUGCUCGGGAUUUCAGUAUAAUUUUUUGCUUGACGAGAAGACCCAUUCUGAUGAUAGGAUUUUUGAGCAGGAUGGGGUGAAAUUGGUAGUUGAUAAUAUCUCCUUUGACUUUGUGAAAGGUGCAACUGUUGAUUAUGUUGAGGAACUUAUCCGUUCGGCUUUCCAGGUGUCCACAAAUCCGAGUGCCGUGGGUGGAUGUAGCUGUAAAAGCUCUUUUAUGGUGAAGUAG